AUGGUCGACCCAGGAACAAAAUCUCUUUUGGAGUAUGGUAUUCCGGAUACAACAACCGGAUUCCUCUCUAGUAUUGUUAGACCACCUGUCACCGCUCUGAGCUUUGAAUUGAAGCCCCGGUUCAUACAAUUCAUCUCUAGUGAUUCUUUUGCGGGCUCACCGAACGAUUGCCCUGUGACUCACAUAGACAUUUUCAUGGAGAAAUGUGACACUAUGAAGCUCAAUGGUGUCACUGAUGAUGCUAUUAGACUACGCCUUUUCCCUUUUUCACUACGGGAUAGAGAAAGGGAGUGGUUACGAGAUGAAGGGAGAAGGUUUAAGCGAUUGCAGAGACAAUGCCCUCACCAUGGUAUUCCAGAAUGGAUUUUGAUCCAAACAUUCUAUAAUGGUUUAACCCAUGAGUUUCUCAUAUACAUUGAUGCUGCGUUUGGAGGUUCUAUCAUGACGAAAAAUCCAACCGAUGCGAAGGAUUUGAUUGAGAAGAUGGCGGCUAAUGAUAAUUACCAUCCAAGGGGACGAAAUGCUAUCAACACAGGUAAUAAACAUGAUGUUGAUGCUCUAACCAUGUUGACUAGUUUUGUGCAGGCACUAACUCAUAAAGUCAAUCAACUCCAAGCUGAGUCCCCUCAACCCUCGAUGGAAACUUGUCAGAUGUGUGGAUUGCAAGGCCAUACUGCGCGUGAGUGUCAGCCCAAUUAUGAUGGAAUGACGAUUGAGCAAGAUAAUGCUUUCUAUACCACGACCUCCACAAGGUCAGUUGAUGAAGGGUGGAGAAAUCAUCAAGGGUUCUCAUACAAGAACACUUAA